AUGCCCCAGAAGCCAAGGCCCCCUUCCGAUUCAACACUGUUUAACUUUUGCACUGGACAGACACCGCGAAUCACCGCCAUUAUUGUGAUCACCACUGGAUGCCAUCAGUUAUCUUCAAUCUUGGGUUCCGAGAAGGCGUCGUCCCUUGAUCUCUUGUCGGUCAUCGUCGCCUCCCUCUCCGACGGAUAUGGGCUCGAUUCCAGCACCGGGGAUGCGUUCGUGGAGAACCGGCUGCUGAUCACCGUCCUGAGCAUAGUCAUCGCCGUGCUUGUCGGUUGCGUGGCAAUCUUCUUCGUCCGGCGAUCGAGCGGAAGGAAGCCUGCCGAGCCGCCGAAGCCGCUAGUGGUGAAGACCCAGAUGGAUACAGAGGAGGACCAAGGGAAGAAGAAGGUCACCGUCUUCUUCGGGACGCAGACCAGGACGGCUGAGGGGUUCGCGAAGGCGCUGGCUGAGGAGGCAAAAGCACGGUACCCUAAUGCCAUAUUUAAAGUCAUGGAUAUCGACGAAUAUGCUACUGAGGAUGAUGAGUACGAGGAGAACCUGAAAAAGGAGAGCUUGGCUUUGUUCUUCUUGGCUACGUAUGGAGAUGGUGAGCCUACUGAUAAUGCUACCCGGUUCUACAAAUGGUUUACAGAGGGGAAAGAGAGAGGAAUCUGGUUGGAAAAUCUUCAAUUUGGUGUGUUUGGUUUGGGCAAUCGGCAAUAUGAACAUUUUAAUAAGGUUGCUGUGGUGGUCGAUGAACUGCUUCAUGAGCAAGGCGCCAAGCACAUUGUCCAAGUGGGGUUGGGAGAUGAUGAUCAGUGUAUUGAGGAUGACAUCUCUGCAUGGAGGGAGCUUCUUUGGCCGGAGUUGGAUAAGUUGCUUCAGGAUGAAAAUGAGACAGGUGCAUCUACUACUUAUACAGCUGCCAUUCCUGAAUACCGGGUUGUAUUUGUCAAGUCUGAAGAAGUUCCAUAUCUGGACAAAAGUUUGAGUUUUGCAAAUGGCCAUGCUAUUCAUGACAUACAACAUCCAUGCAAGGCUAAUGUGGCUGUGAGACGAGAGCUUCAUACUUCAGCUUCGGACCGGUCCUGCAUCCAUUUGGAGUUUGACAUAGAUGGCACUGGCCUUACCAAUGCUCCCCCAUCAAUGAAUUUGGCAGCAGAGGAAGUUGAUUUUUCUGGCAAUGGGAUUAUAGCAGUUGGCCUAAAGGCACUUUAUGGUGUUCUUCAGACGAAUACCAUGCUUAAAACUCUGAACCUAUCAGGAAAUAAUAUUGGCGAUGAAGGAGCUAAGUAUUUACCUAGUUGCAUCACUCUUAACCAUGUUUCUUUAUAG